AUGGUAGCCCAGCAUAGAUGAAGCACAUAAAUGCAUUUGUACAUCUAUUCAUGUGAUGCCCAGAGCUUUUUCGACAUAAGGGCACAUUGCUACUUUGUAAGUAACAAUAAUUCAAAGCUUUGCAUUACAUUUCUCAAUCGGUUACAAGGAGACACAUUGAGCGACCCGUUUAGCACGUCCGCCUCAAAUGUGUUCGAUUCUUGGUGAAUCUUGGUCAAAGUGAUACAUAAACUUUAUUCAUGGCUGACGGAAGUGACGCAAGAGCCCCAACUUACCGCGCGACACCUGCUUCCCGCCGUAGCGUCAGUCAAUGCUAACGUCGAAAGCUAAGUGGUGAGUAGCAACUCGUCGUUAGUGCGGAUCGAUUCACAGUUCUAGAGUAAUAUUUCAAUUUGGUUUUGUUAUACCGCUGCGCGGCGUGCUCCCUAAGUUCCCUUAAUUGCGCACAUUGAUUUCUGUGUCGUUCUUAAAGUGACGAUUAGUCCACUGACAUUUUUUUUCGUGUUGAGUUGAUUGGCAAAUGCUCGUUUGUUGCGCAGAUAGUUGUCCGAGAAUGAACACGGCUUCACCAUUGCUCCCGCCACACUGCGUUGCAGAUGAACGUCCGAAAUGGUUACGAGACAGCUGGCUGCCCCCUCUCCCACACGCCGCCGUUGUGCUAUCAUCGCUUGCUGCGCUCUUCGGGUUGCCAUGGGGACAGUGAACCGCUCUGUCCUCCUCCCUGGCUGACCCGAUGGCGCCGCCGGCGAUUUGCGGCCCCCGCGCGGCUCUCGUCCUGCUCUUCUUGGCUCUGACCUCCUGCAGUCCCUCCGGCCCGGCCUCCGACACCUGCGCCACCCUGGAACAGAGUCGCUUCUUCGGCGUGUUCUCGUCCAGCGCCAACCUCCCCUCGGCGCCGUGCUCCUGGACCCUGCAGAACCCCGACCCCCGCCGCUACACCGUCUACAUGAAGAUCACCAAGCCGACCGAUUCCUGCGGGCCCAGGCAGAUCCGGACCUUCCAGUUCGACUCCUUCAUCGAGACGUCCCGCACCUACCUGGGCACGGAGAGCUACGACGAAGUCGUCAGGCUGUGCGACGCUUCCGCCGCCGUCACCUACAUCGAGUCCAGCAAGCAGUUCCUGCAGAUCCGCAAGGUGGCCUCCCGCCCGAGCGGCCCGCGGGACGACGACGACGACCAACAGGUCCCGGAUGACGUCGGCGAGUUCAAGUCCGAGUUUCUGGUCGUGGGGAAAAGGAACCCCAGCAUGCCCGCCUGCCAGAUGCUGUGCCAGUGGCUGGAGAAGUGCCUGUCGGGCAGUACCCACGAGUAUCCCUGCGGGAUCAUGAACACGCCUUGCCAGUGUUGGGAGACCCCGAAAAGGAAGCCCGGCAGCUGCUACAGGGGGGGCGUCUACGUGGAGAAAUGCCUGCCGGCGCCCAGAGACGACGGACGCGGCGCUCAGAUUGUCAAAGGCUGGGCCGGCUGGAGCCGUUGGUCCGUUUGCAGUCAGGAGUGCGGCGGGGGCGUCCAGGUGCGCAGCCGAGCCUGUCAGCCCGACGAUGCCGUGUGCGAGGGGACGGUUGAAGAAGGCCGGGCGUGCAACUCGCGGCCCUGCAUAGGCAAAGAACGCAACAAGAGCCAAGGUCUGCGGGCCAUUGUCGGCGUGAGCCCCGGAGGCUUUGCGACCCACAUCGCAAACACCAAGACGGACGAGUGGUCCCCUUGGAGCGGCUGCUCGGCCACGUGCGGGGAAGGCUGGCAGAGCCGCACCCGUCUCUGCGCCACUUCCUCCUUCACCACCCAGUGCACCGGACCGCUGCGUGAAAACAGGCCUUGCAACAACACCGCCGUCUGCCCAGUGGAUGGCGCCUGGGCCGAAUGGACCCCGUGGAGCUUGUGUUCCUCCACGUGCGGUCGCGGUUACCGCGAUCGCACUCGCACGUGCAGGCUGCCCCAGAACGGAGGAGAGCCCUGCGAGGGCCCUUCCAGACAGAACAAGCUUUGCAACAUCGCCGUGUGCCCCGUGGACGGAUACUGGAACGAGUGGUCGGUGUGGAGUCCAUGUUCUGCCUCUUGCUCCAACGGCACCAUGCAGAGAACACGAGAAUGCAACGGCCCAUCCUACGGGGGCUCGGAGUGCCACGGGAGCUGGAAAGAGGCCAUCAACUGCUUCCAGAAAGAGUGCCCCGUUGAUGGACGCUGGCACGCAUGGAGCUCAUGGGGCAGCUGCAGCAAGACUUGCGGCGGCGGCGUCCAGCAGAGACAAAGAGUUUGCGAAGGGCCUUUCUUUGGUGGGGAGCCUUGCCCCGGUGACAGAGGAGAGCACAAGCGCUGCAACGAGAGGAGAUGCCCCGAGCCCCAUGAGAUUUGCCCGGAGCAGAACGAUGGCGAUGCGGUGUGGAAGAAAACUCCAGCCGGGGACAUGGCUGCCAUCUUAUGUCCCGCUGACGCCGCAGGUCUGAUUCUUCGCCGGUGCAGUCUCAACGCCGUCGGCCUGGCCACCUGGGAGAGCCCGACUUACGUCAAGUGCGUCUCCAAGAACUACGAGAACAUUCGCACGCUGUCAAGGGACUACAUCGCCAAAGCGCAGAAGGCACCCGGCGUAGACGGCGUCGCCGAGGCCAUUUCACGUCUGAGGUUCUCAACCGACGAAGGCGCGACGUACAGCGGUGACCUCGUGGCCGUCAUGGAGAUCCUGAAGAACAUCACCGAGUUGUACAAGGCGUCCGGGAUGAGGCUUAGCAAUGCUGACGUGGAGAACUACGUCCAGACCAUUAGCAACCUGCUCAAAGAGGAACAUCACGACAAAUGGGAAGAGGCACAGCUGAUGGAUGCCAACGUGAAGGAGUUCUUCCAUCUGGUCGAAGAGUCUGUGAACAUGAUCGGUAUGCAAAUGAGCGGCUUCCAGGACAUUUACGAAGUGACGGAGAAUUUAGUGCUGAGCAUCCAUAAGCGGCCGACCACCACGAGCUCCAACUUCACUUUCCCCGCUAAGGGCUGGAGGGGGAUGUUGGACUGGGUCAGGACGGCUGAGGAGAAAAUAUCCGUUUCCAGAGAUGCGCUGGCCAUCGAGCAUGGUGACGGCGGCGAAGCGUUUGUGACUGGCAUCGUCCUCUACCGAAACCUGACUGCAUUUUUUUCCUCUCAGAGCAACGCAACUCUGCUCAACUCCAAGGUAGUGACGGUGAUCGUCAAGCCCAGCCCCGCCCUUUUGUCUUCUCCCGUCGAGAUCGAGUUCCCGCAUCUCCACAACGGCACAAUGAACGAGACAUGCCUCUCAUGGGAUGAAAGUGAAACAUCCUCCCUGCUCGGAUCGUGGUCUGCGCGGAGCUGCAGAGCCGUCGCCGUCGAUUCAUUCCGAACCAAAUGCGUGUGUGACAGCCUCUCCACCUUCGCCAUUUUAGCACACGUCAACUUCGACUCGAUCAUGGACAAGGCGCUUCUUCCAUCCGUGACUCUCAUCGUCGGCUGCGGGGUGUCUUCCCUCACCCUGCUCCUCCUCAUCAUCAUCUACGUCUCCGUGUGGAAGUACAUCCGUUCCGAGCGCUCCGUUAUCCUCAUCAACUUCUGCCUGUCCAUCAUUUGCUCCAACGCCCUCAUCCUCCUCGGACAAACUCAGGCUCGCAAUAAGGUGGUUUGCACACUGGUAGCGGCUUUCCUGCACUUCUUUUUCCUCUCCUCCUUCUGCUGGGUGCUGACCGAAGCUUGGCAGUCCUACAUGGCCGUCACGGGGCGCUUGCGCAAGCGCAUCAUCCGCAAGCGCUUCUUGUGCUUGGGCUGGGGCCUGCCUGCGUUGGUGGUGGCCGUGUCUGUGGGUUUCACCAAAGCCAAGGGAUAUGGCACCGUCAACUACUGUUGGCUCUCACUUGAGGGCGGACUCCUCUACUCCUUCGUCGGACCGGCCGCCGCUGUUGUUUUGGUGAAUAUGGUCAUUGGCAUUCUGGUCUUCAACAAGCUGGUAUCCAAGGACGGAAUUACCGAUGUGAAGCUGAAGGAGAGAGCCGGGGCCUCGCUGUGGAGCUCCUGCGUGGUUUUGCCCCUCUUGGCCCUGACGUGGAUGUCCGCCGUGCUGGCCAUCACCGACCGCCGCUCGGCCCUCUUCCAAAUCCUCUUUGCCGUCUUUGACUCCCUCGAAGGCUUCAUCAUCGUCAUGGUGCACUGCAUCCUGCGUCGAGAGGUUCAGGAGGCCGUGAAGUGCAGGGUCGUUGACCGCAAGGAUGACGCCAACGCAGAUUCUGGGAGCUCGCAUCACAAUGGCCACAACCAGCUCACGUCCGAUAUGGAAAAGGAUGGCGAUUCACGCGUACCAGGUAUGAGCGGCUCAUCCGAAGAGAAGAUGUCCCCCCCUCAGAUGCCUCUGCCCAUGGGCCCCAACUUCCACACCCUGCCGUCCAACAAGACCCACAUGCAGGCGCUCCCCGAAUAUUCCAGCCACACUCUCACCCUGAAGAGAGAGAAGAGCCGGCUGGCCGGUGGGGUGGACCCCCCCUGCGGGAAACCCGUGUACGUGUGCGAGGGAGAACUUUUCCGGCCGCUGGAUGUGGAUCUGGCUCGCGUUCAGGCGGAGGGCGGAGCCUCCGACGGCGGCGGCGGCUACGUGCUCAUGCCCAACACCACCUCCACCCUGAGAAGCAAGCCCAAAGAGGAGCUGGCCAAAUACGACCUCGGCGCCGAGCAACUGCCGCAGGCCAGACUCAUGCACCUCGGCGGGCCCUUCGCCGAACCGCAAGCCGCCUUUGCCAUCAAGUCCGUUCCCUGCGACCAGGUCAGCGUGUCCUAUUCCGAGAGGGACUCGCCCAUCCAGAACAUCCACAACAUCUCCAGCGAGUCUCACAUCACUCACAGCAGCCUGGAGAACACCUUUGAGUCGAUGAACUCCAUGAUGUCCAAAAGCGAGACCAUCUCCACCUUGUCCAUGAGCUCCUUGGAGAGACAAAAGUCCCGCUACGCCGAGCUUGACUUUGAGAAAAUAAUGCACACCAAGAAACGCCACCAGAACAUGUUCCAGGAUCUGAACAGGAAGUUGCACCAUGCUGAGAAGGACAGAGAGUCGCCCGCCUCUGACAGCAAGUCCGUGAGAUGGAGCGUCUCAUCAGCGGGAAGCGACAAAACCAACCAAAGCGACAAACAGCCGGGUCCCUUGGAGAGGCCUUGGGAAGGAGUCCGGGGCUUAGCGCAGCAGUCCCCCCCCGCCUGGGUCCGCAAAGACUUGGAGCCUUUGGCCGCCUCGCCGCUGGAGCUGCACUCUGUGGAAUGGGAGAAGAGCGCCACCCCCAUCCCCCUGGCCGGUCAGGACAUGGUUGACCUGCAGACAGAGGUCUGAAGACCAAGGGGGGCGGGGGGCUAGCGAGCCAGUAAGCUUUACUUUCACCUUUUGGGUUUGGGUUCCCGUAUGGGACGAAUGGGAGAAAUCGAGGCGGCGGGAAAGUCGCUCCGAGAAUCUAGGUCUUCAAAUCCUCAGCCGGAACAGGAAGAAGCGGGGGCGGGAUGGGGUAAGAGGGGACAAUAGUGGGGUCGGGUCGGGUUGGUUUCUUUAUCGUAGCCUCACCCAGCGGACUCGGCUCAGGAGCUCGAGGGCCCGGCGGGGAGUUCCGAGUUCCAAGUCCUGCGCUUCGUGGCGACCACAGCCGGCCGCAUUGGCUGCGGGGUUCCCGAAGCCUGCGCUUGAGAUGAUCUGGCUAAGGAGCCCUGCUGCAGUUAGUCUACACCCCCAAAUACCGGAACGCCGUCUCCUCCGCCCCGCUAACGACGCCUCUCGGCUGCUCCACUUCCAGCCAAAUUCCCUUCCCGGCAUAGCAAAGAGAGCAAAGGCAGCCGCUUCACAGUUGGGACUUUUCAAGGCGCAGGUUCUUUGUUUCUCGUUCCACUUGAUCCUUUCCGUUGCUCUCUUAAGACAACAUCCCUGAUACUCGGAAUACGUUCCAACUCUCUGCUGGUGAUUCUUUUCCGUAUCAUCGUUACCGCUUUUGUCGAUGAUCCGAGUUUGUUUGGUUUCUUUAUUUUGACUGGAACCUGCAAUGUUCGGCUGGAAAAAAAAAGUGGAGCGCAUAUGUAACGUGUCGGAUCCCUGCGUGCUCUGCAUUGGGACAAAGCGACAGAGCGCUCGGUUUUGUGUGUGCGUUUUGCCUCCAUACCAAAACACCGGCGUCACGAUACGGACUCUCAACACGGAGCAGUAACAAGGCAGCCAUUUGUGGAUCCGGGGCUGGGAAAAAAGACCUUUUGGUCAGCGGCCAUUCGAUUCUCAGCCUUGCGGGGGGGGGGACUCUUUGGACAAAGCUGAGGCUUCCUGGCACUGACGUGACGGCGCAGUCUCACGUUUGUGUUUUUACCCAUCGGUGUGAAAUGGGCCAAUAGGACGCCGCGCUUGAUGCUCAAGCAGUUUUUCUUACCGGUGAUUGAACUUUUUUUCUACCGUCUUUCUCCUAUUUGCCGAGCAUAUAGACGCUUGAUGAGAAUAUUGUCUGACAAAUCUGUAUUAGCAAUUCAAGGAAUUUAUCCAUUUGAGAUUUGUUAGCCUAAGACUCCACAUUUGGAGAUGUCUGUGACAGGUAGACAAUUGUACUUCUAUCGACUGUGUAUAGUAUGAAUGACUAGCUCCUAUAAAUGUGCUUCAGGAUAUUUGUUAUUACUCUCCACUGUGUCGCGAUGAGUAAUGGAACCUUCUGUCUCCUGUAAACGUGUUUUGAUAACUUUGUCACUAGCCGUCACGGUUAUUGUUACCUGCAAAUUCUCUUUCCGCUCGCAUCGGUUCCUUUGUUUUGCCGUCAGUACCUCGACGGACUGAACCCUUUGUAAUCUCUUGUCCUGAUUUUAUUUUUGGAUGCAUUUUUUCCCCCCCAUUCCCUAAACUGUACAUUUUGCACAGCACAAAAUGAAUGUGAUUAAUUUUGAAUAAAACAAAACUACACCGACAUGA